GGCCCUUAUUAACCCCACCAUCACCACAACGUGUUGGAGACAUUGCUGAAGGCAACUUUAUUUUCUUUUCUAUUUCUUUUUUUUGCACAGAUUUUGGCAACAUUUUGUCUGGAGUGUGUAGUGAGCGACACUUGUAACUUCCCAAGAGAAGAAGAACACUGGUAGCGCUGUAAAUUGUUUCAGACCAAUAAGAGAGUAGUCAGAUAGAAGAAAAUAUUACAAUAUGGCAGAGUUUGUGGAGAAGAACAUAGAAGAAACCAUUCCUGAAGUUGAGGAGAUGGAGAGGAUUGGUCUUUUAUCAUCGAAAGAAGUAAAAAAACUUAUUCAGACGAGGAGGGAUUUCCACUAUCGCCUUGUCCGAAAAUCAAAAAAUAAGGCUGAUUAUAUUAAUUAUGUUAAUUAUGAGAGAAAAGUUAUUGACCUGGUGAAAAUUAGGCGAAAGCAAAUUGGAAUACGAGAGAAGAGCAAACAAAUUGAAACUGCAAUAUGCAAAAGAGUUAUGAAAAUGCUACGUUACUUGACACGUGUUUGGCCAUCCCACCUUGAUACUUGGAAACUUAGGACUAGUUUUGCCCAGCAUAUCGGUUGGAAAGAUGAGAUAGGUUUUGCCUUUGCAGAACAGAUUCGUUAUCAUGGCAACCGAGAAAAUGUAUGGGUGGCUUGGGCAAAAUGGGAAAUAGAAGAGAGGGAAAAUUUUGAUAAAGCUAGAAAAAUCCUCCUUUCUACAGCUCAACUAUACCACCCUAAGUCACAUUUUAUUAAAAGAGAGCUAUUUCGUCUUGAGCUGCUGUAUGUUGAAUCGCUGAUGAAUAAGAUGAAGAAUGGCAACAAUACUGGCUUGGAGGAAAUCAUUCAAAAAAUAUUAAUAUUGCAUCAGGCUUUUAGUCUCUUCCUAUACAUAAGCUGUAUCUCUUUACCCUCACUCAUUCUCAUAAAAUCUUGCCAUAUUCUUUGUUUCAGAGAUGUUUGUGUUAAGUUCCCUAACACUGCUGGUGUGUGGAAGCUCAAGGCUCAAAAAUGGGGUUUUGGCUUAACGCUAGUCGAAUGUGAAGGACAUGAAAAUGAUGUAACUACUGGCAGAAAUAAAGAAGUAGCUGACAGAAAAGUGAAUAAAGAAAAUAUGGACAGUUAUGAGAAAGAGGAAGAAGGCAUUGCAGUUGAUACUGAAAAAGAAGAGGAGGGGAGUAGAAACUGGGGUGUGCCCUUUUUCAGAGAUCAUCUAGACUCUAGAGAGGGACUGGCUGGCCCAACACCCUUUGGAAAAAUUAGACUGGAAUGUAUUAUAUUGGCAUUUGAUGAAGCCACAAGAGUAAUUGGAGGAAGCUUUUUAAAUACCUAUAUUGAAGAACUUUUGCCACUACUGUACCAGUGCUGGGGUGCAGCAGACAUGACUGACCUCAUAUUCAAGAAGCUGAUUAGUUUUUCUGAGACACACACACGAUGUUUAUCUCCCCUUAGUUUCUUUGUUUUGUGUCAGGUGAUGUGUGAGAUGUCACUGCCCAUCAAUGAUAUACAGUCAGUUUUGGAAGAGGCGAUCAAAUGUCACCCAGAAGUAGCACAUCUGCGCUUGAAGUUUGUACAGCUUAUCAUUAGAAAAUUAAGCAAUAAGCAGAUGAUGGAAGACUAUUUCUUGAAGGACGUAAUAGAUCCCAUAGACACAACACAAGAAAUAGAUGUUAUAUUGUAUCUCUCUAAUGUCCUUGAGGGCAAACAACUUGAUGUAGAAACUCGUUUCGUAUUGGAAAAAAUUGAAAUAUUGCAUAAAUAUGUCAUUUUUUUCCUUCCUUUCAGGCACCAAGCAACUGAUGAGUUAAAAUUAGAAGUAGAGGACAGUGUACAAACAGAAAGAGAGAAUCAUAUAACAAAGAUACUGAAGUCAUGUGCUGUGUUGAAACCAGAGUUUAUGCAAGAAACUCAUGUAUCUCCAUACUUCAUUGGUAAAAAAAAGGCUAAGGAACAAUGCAGACGGGAACGUGAGAAGACGAAGGGCCCAGGAUGGUUUAAUAUGAAAGCUCCUGAGUUGACAGAGGAAGUAAAGAGAGAUCUGGAGGUGUUACAGAUGCGCUCUGUUCUUGAUCCCAAGAGGCACUUCAAGAGCACUGAUAUGAAGGUGCUGCCUAAGUAUUUCCACCUGGGUCGUGUGGUAGAUAAUCCCAUUGAAUUUUAUUCCUCCCGAAUUCCGAAGAAAGAGCGGAAACGAACCCUUGCUGAAGAAAUUAUUCAUGAUGAGGAAGCUCUACGUUACCAGAAACGUAAAUACACUGAGAUAAUAGCAGCCAAACACAAGAAGUUACUGAGACACCAAGAGCAACACAAGAAGACAGACAAGAAAGCACACAAGAAGGCAGAUAAGAGCAAGUCAAAAUGAUCUCAAUGAUUGUUUGCAGCAUAGUAGUAGUAGCCUUAGUCUAUCAUUACUUUUAUAAAUAUAUAUAUACUGCAAAAACUUGAAUAUAAUUAACCUGCAUUGACAAAACAAUUAUGUGUGUAUUUUGCUUACAAGUCCCUGGAAAUAUAUUAUUGAUGGCAUACAAUACUGACAGGUGAUGAAUAUAAGAUGUGUACAACAAUAGGGUAGCUUUAUUGCAGAAACAAGCAAUAAAG